ACACGCUUCACUUUUUUUUUUAUUUGCGGCUGGCUCGACCGCAGUCUAACUUGCUGGAACUUCUUAACGUCCAUAGAUAAAUUAAUGAUCUUCGGCUCUUAUUUGAAGCUGCAGGGGUUUAUUCCUGCAAUGGUUUUGUCCUACUUGUCCUCAAGCAAGCCUAAAAGAAAGUGAAAGUUCAUUUUUGUCAGGAGCCAUUUUGUGAACUUGUCAAAACAGCAGAAAGAUUGGUUACAUGCAUUUCUCCUCAGCUGUCAAUAACAGCAGUCAUCUAGACUAAACUGAAACAUUAUGUGGAUGGAUGUAAGAUAAGACUCAUCUGAUCCACCUGUGCAGCUGCAAUAUGGACGACACACAGACAUCCAGUGAUGGAGAUUUUUGUCCAGAAAUCAGUUCAGUCAAGAAGAAGAGAACAGAAUCUCCAGAGCCCAGCUGUGUGUCUAUGAAGAGUGAUCAGUCUAUGGAUCCGCCACUACAUUUUAACAAUAGAAACACAUCAUCUGGCUGCAGAUACAGUUUAGUCUAUCAUAAGAGGACAGAAUCUCCAGAGCCCAGCUGUGUGUCUAUGAAGAGUGAUCAGUCUAUGGAUCCGCCACUACAUUUUAACAAUAGAAACACAUCAUUUGGCUGCAGAUACAGUUCGCUCCAUCAUAAGAGAACAGAAUCUCCAGAGCCCAGCUGUGUGUCUAUGAAGAGUGAUCAGUCUAUGGAUCCGCCACUACAUUUCAACAAUAGAAACACAUCUUCUGGCUGCAGAUACAGUUCAGUUCAUCAAAAGAGAGCAGAAUCUCCAGAGCCCAGUUAUGUGUCUAUGAAGAGUGAUCAGUCUAUGGAUCCGCCACUACGCUUUAAUGUUGGAAACACAUCAUCUGGCAGCAGAUACAGUUCGCUCCAUCAUAAGAGAACACAAUCUCCAGAGCCUAUCUAUGUGUCUAUGAAGAGUGAUCAGUCUAUGGAUCCGCCACUACAUUUUAACGAUAGAAACACAUCAUCUGGCUGCAGAUACAGUUUAGUCCAUCAUAAGAAAACAGAAUCUCCAGAGCCCAGCUGUGUGUCUAUGAAGAGUGAUCAGUCUAUGGAUCCGCCACUACAUUUUAACAAUAGAAACACAUCAUCUGGCUGCAGAUACAGUUUGGUCCAUCAUGAGAGAACAGAAUCUCCAGAGCCCAGCUGUGUGUCUAUGAAGAGUGAUCAGUCUAUGGAUCCGCCACUACAUUUCAACAAUAGAAACACAUCUUCUGGCUGCAGAUACAGUUUUCACAUAGGACAUCCACACCGGAGAAAAGCUGCAUCAACUGUUUUCAGCCAUGAAGUCCUCAACACAUUAAGAUCAAAUCUGAAGAAUAAGUUUCAGUGUCUGUAUGAGGGAACAGCACAGCAGGGAAACCCAACACUCCUGAAUGAGAUCUACACAGAGCUCUACAUCACAGAGAGUGAGAGUGGAGAGAUCUGUAAUGAGCAUGAGGUGAGACAGAUUGAGACACAAUCCAGGAGAGCAGCAACAGAGGACACACCAAUCAAAUGCAAUGACAUCUUUAGACGUUUACCUGGACAAGACAAACCCAUCAGAACUGUGAUGACAAAGGGAGUCGCUGGCAUUGGAAAAACAGUCUCUGUGCAGAAGUUCAUCCUGGACUGGACUGAAGGGAAAGAGAAUCAGGACGUCCAGCUCAUAUUUCCAGUUCCUUUUAGAGAGCUCAAUUUGAUGAAGGACAAAACACUCAGUCUUUCUGAUCUUCUUCAUGUCUUUUUCCCUGAAACAAAAAAAAUAGAAAUAUCCAGUGACAAAUAUAAAGUGUUGUUCACCUUUGAUGGUCUGGACGAGUGUCGUCUGUCUCUGGAUUUUCAGAGCAAUGUGAGGUUGUGUGAUGUAAGUGAAUCAGCCUCAGUGGACGUGCUGCUGACGAACCUCAUUGCGGGGAAUCUGCUUCCCUCUGCUCUCAUCUGGAUCACCUCCAGACCAGUAGCAGUUGAUCUCGUCCCCUCUGAGUGUGUUCAUCGAUUGACAGAGGUACGAGGCUUCAAUGAGCCACAGAAGGAGGAAUACUUCAGGAAGAGAGUCAGUAAAAAGAGAUUGGCUGAAAGAAUCAUCACACACCUGAAGUCAUCAAGGAGCCUCUACAUCAUGUGCCACAUCCCAGUGUUCUGCUGGAUCUCAGCCACUGUUCUAGAGAAGAUGUUGAGCGAAGCAAAAAGUGGAGAGAUUCCCAAGACUCUCACUCAAAUGUACACACACUUCCUGAUGGCACAGAUUAGUAUCAAAGACACAAAGUACAAUGAGAAGGAUACUGACAAAAAGAUGAUUUUCAAACUAGGGAAACUGGCAUAUAAGCAACUUGAAAAAGGCAAUGUGAUCUUCUAUGAGGAAGACCUGAGAGAGUGUGGCAUUGAUGUGACAGAAGCAUCAGUGUACUCAGGAUUGUGCACUCAGAUCUUCAGAGAGGAGUUUGGCUGGUAUCAGGGGAAAGUCUUCUGCUUUGUUCAUCUGAGCAUUCAAGAACAUCUAGCAGCUCUAUAUGUGCACCUCUCCUGUGCAAACAAAAACAGAAAUGUGUUUGAUGAAGUCAACAGAAGAAGUUUGUUGUCUAAACUUAAGGACUGGUUUCAUCACAAUUCAUCAGAACAUCUUUCAUUAUCUGAGCUGCAUCAGAGAGCUGUGAAUGAGGCUCUACAGAGUAAAAAUGGACAUCUGGACCUUUUCCUUCAGUUCCUUAUGGGUCUGUCAGUGAAUACUAAUGAGAUUCUCUUACAACCACUGAUGAAACAGACAAGAAGCAGAUCUGACAGCAAUAAGGAAACAGUUGAGUACAUCAAGAAGAAGAUCAGGACCACUCGCUCUCCAGAGAAAUUUAUCAAUCUGUUUUACUGUCUGAAUGAACUGGGUGAUCAUUCACUAGUGGAGGAAAUACAACAGUAUCUGAAAUCUGGAACAAUAAAGGAAGCCAAACUCUCUUCAUCUCAGUGGUCAGCUGUAGCUUUUGUGUUGUUGACAUCAGAGGAGGAGCUGGAUAAGUUUGAUCUCAAGACAUUUGUUGUAGGAAACAUUAAAGCUGAAAAUAUGCUUGUUUUUCAGAAGCUGCUGCCUGUGAUUAAAGAAUCCAGAUCAGUUCACUUGAGUGACUGCGGUCUCACAGAUGAAAGCUGUGCUGCUCUGGCUUCAGCUCUGAGAUCAAACCCCUCACACCUGAGACAACUGGAUCUCUCUUGGAAUAAACUAGGAAGUUCUGGUGUGACGCUUCUCUGUGCUGCUCUCAAGAAUCCUCGCUGUAAACUGCAGAUACUGUGGUUGUGGGAAUGUGGCGUCACAGAUGAAGGUUGUGCUGCUCUGGCUUCAUUACUGAGAUCAAAGCCCUCACACCUGAGAGAACUGGUUCUGUCUUGGAAUAAUCUACGAGAUUUAGGCAUGAAGCUUCUCUGUACUGGACUUGAAGAUCCUCACUGUAAACUGGAGAAACUGUGGUUGAGGGAUUGUGGUGUCACAGAUAAAGGUUGUGCUGCUCUGGCUUCAGCUCUGAGAUCAAACCCCUCACACCUGAGACAUCUCAAUCUGUCUGAGAAUAACCUAGGAAGUUCUGAAGUUCAGUUACUUUUUGAUCUGAAGGAUGAUCCACAUUAUAAACUUCAAGAACUAUAUUACUGACUCAGUGUUUAGACAUCAGUCCAAUUUCCGCAGGAUCAGCUGAUGGUAAAUAAGGAGACAAGACAGACACACAGCGAUCACUGUAUUUUCUCAUGUCCUUCUAUUUUUGCAGUUAUUUUUUAUUGUAAUAUCUGCUUUCUUAAUGAUCUUACACUCUAAAAUAAGAGUGUAAUAUUCUACAGACAUUUUCUAUACGUUUAAGUAUAGGUGAAUGCAUUUUAAGGCCAGAUUUACUAAACGGGGCAAUUAGCGUGAUAGCGCAAUUCCACAAAUGUGCCAAUGGGAGUGGCAAGUUUUGUGCGUAAUCUACUGCUGACCCGCAAAUUAAAGAACACAGAUGCAGUUGAUUAAUUUACAUAAUGACCAACGCAAUCUACCAAGAGCAGCACAAAUUAGCGUUGAGUCGCAAUAAGUAGAGAUGAUGUUCAUCAUCAGGUGCAAGUCGACACAGGCACAACUUGUUAUAUGUGAUGUAUGGAUAACGUCUUCCUAUGGCAUUCCAAAGAAAUUAAUAUGAGUGGAAAAUAUUUUCUCCCUUCUACCACACGCUCUCUGUUCUCUGCAGUGUCUCCUCCUAGCAGCAACAAUUGCAGCCAUGUCGCAAAAUGGGUUAAGA